CUAGUUAACUUUGUCUCAGUCUUGUCGGGGCUAAACAAUAGGAAUAUUCAGAUAGACUCUCAAAUCAAAAUAACACACAUUCGGAAGGUCUUUCGCUAUGAAUACCGAAAUCAACAGCUCAGCUACGGCAGAUGGAGAACCGAAUCUCAAGAUAAAUCGAGGGUCAUACACUUCGGAGAUAAACGAAAAUGCUCAAACUUGGAACCGAAAGAAUAGACAAGAGACCACUUGGGAUGAUGCUGGUGGCCGUGGUUCCAAGUUGGGCAAAGUCAAGUUGGCUAGGACUCGGCCUGUAACACGCGGUCGACCAAACUGGAUGCGUGAUCCAUUUGGUCGAACGCAAAUAAUUCAAAAUCUAAUCAUAAUGAUACCCAUCGGCAUUUUAUUGGCCGAUCGCGUUCUAGAAUUUAUAUUUGCUAAGUAA